UACGUGUGAUGGACUAUUGUUUAGGAAUGUUAAUCUUCUCAAAUAACAGGGCGUUAAUGCUGAAAUAUUUUCAACGCAUUCCUUAUGUGUAAUUACUGUAGCUGCACCCUUGUGAUGCAUAACAAUACUGCGCUUGAUUGAACUGAAUUGGAGAACCAUGUUUUGAUUGAUUCAACCACAGCCAACCACGCACGCUUUGGUAUGUCUACCCUCCUUUUCGUCGGCUAAAAGUGGCACAAAGACGCGCUGGCUUUAGGACUUUUUACAAGUUUGGUCUUCCCCUUUAAAAGUCUACAGCCCUAGCGGUGAUCAUUGGUCUGAAAACUCUGCGGAGGGGAGAAGAGAAUGAAAUAGCUUGAACAAGAAGCCGGGAUCAUGGCGGCACCGCUCGGGCGGGACACUCUACCUGACCACUGGUCCUAUGGAGUUUAUCGAGAUGGCAGGGUCUUCUUCAUCAAUGAUAAAACUCACAGCACUACUUGGCUCCAUCCCCGUACGGGUGAACCUGUCAACUCUGGACACAUGAUACGAUCAGAUUUACCACUGGGAUGGGAAGAAGGAUUCUCGGACGAGGGGGCCAGCUACUUCAUUAACCAUAACCAGAAGAGCACGUCGUUCCGACACCCUGUGACUGGACAGAUCUCUCCAGAAAACACUGAAUAUAUGCUCCACGACAAGACAGAGUCCCGGGGCAUGUCCAAGCCACCGCCACCGGCCAGUCAGAGGCCCCCCAGCAUGGUCAGCCAGACUUCCAAGGCAGUGACCUCAUCAACAGUGGACGCCACCUCAGGGUCAAAGCCGCAGGGCUCUAGGAGUAGUGGCAAGGUACACAGCUUCGGCAAGAGGGACCAAGCCAUCAAGAGGAACCCCAAUAUCCCUGUGGUGGUCAGGGGAUGGCUCUACAAACAGGACAGCUCUGGAAUGAGACUGUGGAAGAGGAAGUGGUUUGUGUUGUCCGACUACUGCUUGUUUUAUUACAAAGACAGCAGAGAGGAGAUGGUUUUGGGGAGCAUCCCCCUGCCCAGUUAUGUCAUCGCCCCUGUGGAGCCUGAUGACCACAUCAGCCGCAAGUAUGCCUUCAAGGCGAGCCACACAGGAAUGCGCUCCUACAUUUACAAUAAGAACUCUGUGAUUGGCUCGCAGGCAGAGCACGGUGGGAUGAGGACGUACUUCUUCAGUGCCGACACGCAGGAGGACAUGAAUGGUUGGAUCCGAGCCAUGAACCAGGCUGCUCUCAUGCAGAGUCAAGGCAUCAAGAGAGAGGCAGUCACAGAGAGACCAGAAAUGUCAGUGCAGCAGGCAGUACCACAGACCAACCACGUUAACAACAACAACACCAGUAAGAGCCACUCCCAGUCGCGUUCAGGGAGCCUCCAGCGGCCCGAGAGAGAGGAGCCUCCGGAGGGGGAGAUCCGACUGAGCCAGGGGGACGAGGAGAGGUACGUGUUGGAGGCUCCUAGAAAGCUCAGCCAUCCAGCCACGGAGGUAGAGGUGGACAGGCUCUCCCCAGACACUCUCCCUGGCCCCUCACACCGCAGGAAUGGCCAGGCCCACACAGUCCUCGCCACGCUGCCCCCUGAGCAGAAUGGGAACGUCGUGUAUAAGAGGGGCUUUGUCCCACGGACAGCCACAGAGAAGCAGGUGCAGAGGAAGACAGCUCUAGCUCAGGUGGAGCACUGGGUCAAAGUACAGAAGGGAGAUCCCAAGAGCAACACACCCACUACUGAGUACGCCCUCCCCCUCCCUCGGCGGACCCCUCCCCUGCAGCCUAAGGCCGUGGUAGUAGAGGCCUACCAGACAUUGCCAAAGACCCCCAGACUCCCGUCUGGCGGGAGCUCCCCUUCGGCGCCCCGCAACCUGCCCAGCGACUACAAAUAUGCCCAUGACCGGCUCAGCCACUUCCGCAUGUCCACCGAUGAGCGCAUGGCCACCAAGGAGGGCAUGGUAUGGCAGCUGUAUGAGUGGCAGCAGCGCCAGCAGUUCCGCCACGGCAGCCCCACGGCGCCCAUCUACACCGGGCCAGACUUCCUGGACACGGCCUCCUUCAGGGUCACUGUGGAGAUGCCUCGCUCCAUCUCUGUGCCCCCUUCCCCCUGUGAAGUACCCCCAUCUAUCCCCACCUUCAAACCACUGUCCCCCCACAGACCACACACCCCCUCAGACAGGGUGACGGUCAAGCCGCUGGAUGAGGUGCCACCUGGGGAGUCCCCCACCGGCUCCAGUUCUCCUAGACGGGUGUUUUCUCAGCUCUCUAAGACUAGUCAGCUGGAGAGACGGUCAAUGCCAGCCAUGGGCUACAUCACACACACAGUCAGCGCACCAAGCUUGCAUGGGAAAACGCCGGAGGAGCUGACCCUGCUGCUCAUUCAGCUCAGGAGUCACCAGGCCAAGAUGGCUGGUGUCCACGGCGACGCCCUCCACCACCUACAUCACAACGGCCUCCUAGGCCCCAGCCUGCAGGCAGAUGAUACUUACAUGCAACUGAAGAAGGACCUGGAUUAUCUAGAUCUGAAGGUGGGCCCCAAGAAAAAAGAUAAUGUUACAGGGCGUGAAACUCUAAAAGACAGACCAUCGAGACCUGUUAAGAUAGCAGAGAGCGAUGUUGAUGUGAAGUUAAGUCGACUGUGUGAACAAGACAAGAUCCUUCAGGAGCUGGAAACAACGAUACGCACGCUCAAGGAAGACAAGGACAAGUUGGAGUCCGUGCUGGACGUGUCCCACCAGCAGAUGGAGCAGUACCGGGACCAGCCGGCCCACCAGGAGAAGAUAUCCUACCAGCAGAGACUACUGCAGGAGGACGUGGUGCACAUCAGAGCUGAGAUCUCUCAGGUGUCCACGGAGAUGGAGAAUGUGUGGAACGAGUACAGCAGCCUGGAGAGAGAUGUAGACUGGUUGAGGACAGCUCUGGAGGGCCAGAUGAACCGCAGUGGUCUCUCUCAGAAGGAGAUGUGCCAGAUCAAGAGGGAGUUGUGGAGGAUUGAAGAUGUAAUAGCAGGCCUCAGCUCCAGCAAAGCCAACUACCAAGUCACCAUCUCCUCUGUGACCAACCCAGGUGAGAGGAGUGCUGUGGCUCUGCCUCCGCUUGCCUCUACUAACACACACUGGAGCUCAGGACGAGAGAGAAAACUUGUGCCUUCCGUGUCACCGUCGUCAGUGCCUUCUCUGUCUGCCAGUCCCUCCCUGGGAGAGAUGAGACUGGCCCAGCAGCACAGCCCCCACCUCAGCCCCACAACCCCCACCCCCACCUCCACCCAGCACACCACCGCAGCCCUCGCCAUGUCUGUGCCAAAAUGUGCAGAUGAGGGCGCCCCUCCCCGACCACCACUACCUCAGCUAUACAGUCCUGAGGACCACGCCCCGGCCGUGCCUCCGCUGCCCAGGGAGACCAGUGUCAUCAGACACACGUCUGUACGAGGCCUCAAACGACAGUCUGACGAACGCAAGCGGGACAGGGAGAUCGGCCAAUUCACCAACGGAGACAACAAGGUGGAGCUGCGCACCUUCCUGAGUGAACCUGAGCUUCUGGGAGUGGGAGGGUCUGGUCACAUGAGGAUGGGGGCCUUGGGGCAUGAUGGUGGCUACCAGACCCUACCAAGCAGAGGGCCGGCUGGCUCCUCAUCCAGGCUAAAUCAGUCCACAAACAUCUCCUCAUAUGUUACCCUCAGAAGAGGAGCUUCAGCCGCCUCAGGCCUGAAGGAGAGACCAAAGAGUGCCUUGGAGCGUCUGUACUCUGGGGAUGUGCUGCAGCAGCAGAGCAGGGGGAGGAUGAGUGCUGAGGAGCAGCUGCAGAGGAUGAAGAGGCACCAGAAAGCUCUGGUCCGCCAGCGCAAGAGGACCCUGAGUCAAGGAGAACGCCAGGCCUCUUCAUCACGAGCCUCCUCAUCAUCACAGCAACGCCCCCUUUCCGCAGACCUGGGUUCAUGGAGGCGAGAGCAGGAGUUUGACCUGCAGUUGCUGGAGCGGGCGGUGCAGGGGGAGGAGGCGCGGGGAGUGGUCCAGGGCGAGGAGUGUCGAGCGGAGCACAGUGAUAGACCUCGGUCCCAGUCAGACGAGUGGCUGACCCUCCACUCUACAGCCACGUCCACACUUACCCGGGAGGCGGACCUGGAGACGCUGGACUAUGACCUGGACCUCAGCCGAGAGCUGGCCAAACCUCAGAAGGUGUUCAUCCCUGAACGCUACGUAGACACAGAGCCUGAGGAACCUCUCAGCCCUCAGGAGGUGGAGGCUCGCCAUCGCAACAGGGAGCGCAUCAAGAACAUUCUGGCCAAGUCCAGUGUUCAGAUCCUAGCGGGGCCCUCUGUGGCGGUGGACAAGCCAGAGGUGGUGGGUCUGGACUCAGCCCUGCUGAAGCAGGAGAGGAUCAUCACUAUGUCUUACGCCCUGGCCUCAGAGGCCUCCCUGAAGAGCAAGCAGGUCGCAGUAGUACCACUGCACCCUAACAUCCCCAUCGUGCCUCCUCCUCCUCCUCCUCCACUUCCUCCUCCUCUUCCUCCUGUCUCUCAGGCACCUCCCCCUCCUCCUCCUCUAAGCAACGGAUUUCACUUCUCGUUUGUCUAAUCAGAGAAAACAAACCAAAGCGCUUUCUAGACACUGAGGUGCUGUUCCAUGAUGACAAUACAACCUGGAUUCUUGAAGAAAGAAAGACCUUGUUUGGUUGUGACAGUUACACUGUUAUACAGUAGAUGGGCGUUAGUGAACAUUUAACCUGCCCCAGUAGCACGCAGCAGGACUUACUCGCUGAUGCAUUUUUAGUAGCUAAAAUUAAGUAACUAUUUUCUUAAGAAAAUGUAUGUCUGCCGUGGAAGCUGCUGUGCAUAUUAACUUUGGAAGUGUCUAACAGAUGUUAAUCCCAUAAUAGAAAAUGUUUUAUACAUGUUAUUGCACUUUUAGCAUUAUACUGUAUCAUAGUAAAGAACUGAAAGAGAUAUUUUCAAGGUGAGAAUGUUUUGUCUUGCAGUGUGAUCUGAAUUUGGAGGGAACUUGUAUUUUUUCAAAAAAGUUAAUGAGAGUAUUCACCAACUGGAAGGUCGAUAUGAACAUGUGUCAUGUUGAUUGUAUUUUUGUCAAAACUCAGAUGAUAUUCUUACACCAAAUCACUUGAAAUGUAAUGUGUGUUUGUAUCUAGCACUGCCAGUCUCUUAUUGGCUUGCCAAAUUGAUUUUAUUUUUGCUUACAACAUUGGGAGGAGAAUAACAUUGAACAUAAUAUUUUCUGGAUGGCUUGGGCAGGUUGCACAAUGAUAAUUAUUAAAAAUGUAAAUAUUAAAGAUAUUAACAAUG